UUUGAGAGGGCAAAUAUGGCUGGAGCAUCUGCUGGUGCUCUUCUGGCAGCUUGUUUGGUGUGCAGUGUGCCAGUAGAAAUUAUAAAGUCUGGCUUCUUUGAAACAGCAGCUCAUGCUCAAAAAUGGGCAAUGGGUCCCUUUAACCCCAACUUUAAUAUUGAAGACUACUUAAGAUUAGCCUUAGAAGCUUUACCUCCUGAUGCUCAUACCAGAGCCAGUGGUAGACUGUUUGUAUCAAUCACUAAGGUUACCAAUAAGGAAAAUGUAUUGGUGUCCAAUUGGGAAUCAAGAGAGGAGCUCAUUCAGUGUCUCCUGUGUUCAUGCUUCAUCCCACUUUAUUCGGGUUUUAAAUUCCCACUCUUCCGGGGAACCAAAUACAUAGAUGGAUGUUUUACCAAUAACCUUCCCGUGAUCCAGCAGCCAGCCAUCACUAUAAGCCCAUUUGACAGCUUAACAGACAUUUGUCCAAAAAGUAAUUCAAAAAGACCAGUGUAUGUAAAUAUUUCUAAUGCAUUGGCUUUAACAUUAGCCAACGUAGUGAGAUUGGCAAGCCUGUUACCCCCACCAGCGGAGGUUUUGGAGAGCUUGUAUCUUAUGGGUUACAGGGUUUCGUAUUAUUUUCAAAAGAAAUGUUCAUUCAUUAGGCGUGGUAAACAGCUGUAUCCUUGAUAACCCCUACUAAACAUUUAAAUUUAUUUUAUUUUUUAAUUUGCAAAACCUGCAAAAUUGGAAUAUAUUUUAAAACAUUUAUAAAUUUAUGUUAACUGAUAUUUGCUCAGUUACUUAGUGCAGCAUAAUUUAUGUAUGAAAAUAAACCACAAUAGUAGGCUAGUAAUCUGAGAAUUCAUGAAUUUUGAUUACUGUGUUUAGUAAAAUUGGUGAGCAGUGUGUUUUGAAAUUAGGGUCAACAUCAACUUUGAGUGCUUUCUCAGAUACCUGGACAUACAUAGAACUGGAUUCCUUUUAGUCACAAAGAAUCUGAUAAUGGACCUCAUAACCACAUGGUUUUAAUCUUAACAAGCUUUCAAUGGUGGAAAAUUUUAAGAAAUUAGAUUCUUUCUAGUUUAUAAUUUACCACUAGAAUUUCAUGCAGACCAGUUGUGUCUGGUCAUGGAGAUAGAUAAAUAUCCUGAACAGAAAUUAACACUAUACUGUACUUUCUCAAAGUGAAGAACUCGUGUAUUAAUUUCUAAAGACAAAAUAAUGUGCACAAUAUUGUUACUAUAGGUAUUUAUAAACUACUCUAUGAUGUCAAUAGAGAAGUGUGUGUGAAGUUAUGUAAGGAUAGGAAUGUUUGGAGGAGAGUGCAUAUGCCAUCCUCCUUGUUAAUAAGAGUUAUUAUUUAUUUCAUAGGGAAGGACUAACACAUUAGGGGUUAUAUAGCUUGUUUAAUAGGAAAUUGCAUACAGUAUAUACUGUUAAUACUCAUGUAAACAAACUAAGGCAAUUGAAGUUCUGCUCAAUAAACAGAUCUAGUCAACUUUUUUGUGUUAGUGUGUGUGGAACAGACAGUAUAUGUAUUUGCACACUUUUCUAAGUGCUAACGUGGCCAAAUGAGUAGUUUUUUUUAGUCAGAAUCAACUGCUCCAGGUCAAGUUUCUUCACCAAAAAAGGUCGUAUAGUACCGUAUUCUGUUUGGCUGAAUAGUUGAUGAAAGUGUCUAUAUGCCAUAGUAAAUGUAAAAUGUUGAUUUUUUUUAGAAACUCAUCAAUGAGUGUGAAUGAAACAGGCUAGCUGUUGCAAUACUCACUGCCACUUGCCUUUGUG